UUUUCUCCCCCCAGGCAAAGCUUCACCCGGAGAGGUUUUCUCUCCGCUUAUCUGCGUUCAACCACGGCGUCCUCGGCGGAGUCGAAGGGUCGGGAUAGCCGGUUCGGAUUAACGCGACGCCCGGAGAACUGGAGUAUCGCUCACAUCAAAAUCCCGGAUGGUUUCGAGGGACCUGGUGGAAAUCCGGGCCCGCCGUCGGGAGCAGGCCACGACGUUUCCUGGUUUUGAGUCCGAGGACAAGCGCCCAGGGCCGGGCCAGCUGUCAGCUAGCACGCCGGCUUAGCUAGCCUAUACUUCGACCGAGCCGAGUUGAAAGGAGAAGGGGGAUGCUUUCCAGCUCGGCCGUUUCGCGCAGCUAAUAACUUCUGAGAAGAAGAAGAAGAAGAAAAAAAAAGAAAAGGAUCGAGCUGUUCUUCUCAUUUAUGUAAAAAAAAUGAAAUAAAAUAAAAGCCAUCCCCUUGGAAGUAAGGGAGCGUUGGCUUGCUAGCUUCGAGCUAGCUGUCACAGCUAGCUCCUGUCCGCACGGACCCCGACGCCGUUUAAAAACCCCCCUUACAGCGAGGGAGAACUAUUGGCAGCGUUUCAUACAAAAGGAGGCGACGACAUUUUUUUCCACAAUUCUGCGGACCUUUCCGAGGAGCCCGAGGCCCCGACAUGGCUGCCAUUAUCAAGGAGAUAGUAAGCCGAAACAAAAGGCGAUACCAGGAGGACGGCUUCGAUCUGGACCUGACCUACAUUUACCCCAACAUCAUCGCCAUGGGCUUCCCCGCCGAGAGGCUAGAGGGGGUCUACCGAAACAACAUAGACGACGUCGUACGGUUUCUUGAUUCGAAACAUAAAAAUCAUUACAAAAUCUACAACCUAUGUGCAGAGAGAAACUAUGAUACAGCAAAGUUCAACUGUCGAGUGGCCCAAUAUCCAUUUGAGGAUCACAACCCUCCCCAGUUGGAACUAAUUAAGCCAUUUUGUGUGGAUCUGGACCAGUGGCUGAGUGAGGAUGAGAACCAUGUGGCUGCUAUCCACUGUAAAGCUGGCAAGGGUCGGACAGGGGUCAUGAUCUGUGCCUACCUGCUGCACAGGGGCAAGUUCCACAAGGCACAGGAGGCCUUGGAUUUUUACGGAGAAGUCAGGACUAGGGACAAAAAGGGUGUAACAAUCCCUAGCCAGAGGAGGUAUGUGUACUACUACAGCUACUUACUGAGGAACCAUCUAGAAUACAAACCUGUAGCACUGCUGUUCCAUAAGAUGGUGUUCGAAACGGUACCGAUGUUCACCGGAGGGACGUGCAACCCACAGUUUGUAGUAUACCAGCUGAAAGUGAAAAUUCACACCUCGAAUCCGGCCCACACACGACGAGAGGAUAAGUUCAUGUAUUUUGAGUUCCCUCAGCCUCUUCCCGUCUGCGGAGACAUCAAGGUGGAAUUCUUCCACAAGCAAAACAAGAUGAUGAAGAAGGACAAGAUGUUUCAUUUCUGGGUCAACACCUUUUUCAUCCCCGGUCCGGCGGAGAACUCCGACACAUUGGAGAACGGCAGCGCAGGAACACCAAGAGAGCCGGCAGAUGGAACUUUCCAAAACCUGGGGACUGGGGGAGGAGUUGGGGGAGGGGGAGGCGAGAAUGACAGAGAUUACCUGAUCCUGUCUCUCACCAAGAAUGACUUGGACAAGGCCAACAAAGACAAGGCAAACAGAUACUUCUCCCCUAACUUUAAGGUAAAAUUGUACUUCACCAAGACGGUGGAGGAGGGCACAAACUCGGAAGCUACGUCCGCCUCGGUGACGCCAGACGUGAGUGACAACGAGCCGGACCACUACCGCUACUCCGACACCACGGACUCAGAUCCCGAAAACGAACCCUUCGACGAGGAACAGCACACGCAGAUCACUAACGUCUGACACACACGCACACACAUGCACAUAUAUGUAUACAGAUCUACACACAUACACGUAUAAUUAUGUACUAUACACAAGGACCCCCAAAGAAAGACUAGCUAGCGGUUAGCUAACGGGGAACUAACUAAUGAGACGGACCACGACGGUCCUCUGGACUCAAAUCGGUGAGCUCAGAGAUUGAUUUAUAUGCUUGCCUGCUUGCCCCCCUGCUGCUCACUACAAGGUCGAGGAAAAAGGACGGCUGGACAAUCAGAUGCAGGGGGGGGGGGCUGGCGGGACGCAUGGAUGGACAAAGACAGACGGUUGGAUGAACGGGAAGAGGAGAUUUUAAAAUAAAGGAGUAAAACUUGAAUAUAGAAGCUGAGAGACAAGUAGACUUCUUUAGAAAACUACACCCAGGAUGUCCGUUGGAUAAAUGCCCCCUUACAACAUGCCCUCUUUCUUUCUUUUCCUUACUUCCUUCCUUCCUUUCUUCCUCACCUUUCCUGUCCAGCUUAAGGAAAGUUCAUGCUGACCAAUUUUUUUUUUUUUAAUCUUUCUCUCACUUCUUCCUCUAUCUUUCUCUCACAUUCUUCUGUCUUUUGAGCUGUAUAGAAGGUUGGCUGUAAGAGUUGACUCCUCUCUCUGUCUGUCUAUCUCUCUGUGCCUCUCUCUCUCUUUGUGUCUCUCUCUCUCUCUCUCUCUCUGUCUCUUUCUCUGUCUCUCCUGUCUCUGUGUCUUGCGCUGUAUCUGUCUCUCUCUCUUUGUGUCUCAUGCUGUAUCUGUCACUCUCUCUCUGUCUCUCUCUCUGUCUCUCUCUCUGGCUGUCUGUGUUUCUCAUUCUGUCUCUCUCUCUCUCUGGCUCUCUUUCUCUGUCUCUUGUUCUUCUUGUCUCUCUGUCUGGCUCUCUCUCUCUCUGUCUCUCGCUCUUCCUGUCUCUCUCUCUCUCUCUGUCUCU